AUGAGUGCUGGACGGCCACCGGAAUUUGCCGAUGCAGAAGGUACGUGGCCUACGUAUCGCGUUCGCCUGGAGGCGUACUUUGAGGCUCAUAGCAUCGUGGACCCAACGAAGAAGCGAGCGCUGCUCAUCGCUUCACUCACGGACAGUGCAGUGCGUGUGGUGCAGGGCCGGUGUCAACCAAAAAAGGUGAAUGAGCUGAGCUAUGAGGAAGUCGUCGGGUAUCUGGAAGAUCACUAUGCUCCGGAGGUCAACGAGAUCGCUGCAAGUUAUGCUUUCUUCAUGCGUUCGCAACAAGACGGGGAAGCUGCUCAGGACUUCAUUGCGGACAUUCGACGCCUAGCUGAGAAGUGUAACUUCGGGACGUCAUUGAAGCGCAUGUUGAGGGAUCGAAUCGUUUGCGGAGUGCUGGAUGAAGACGUUCGGCGCCAUCUACUGACGCGACGGAAGCUCACCUUAGAAGAGGCUGAAGACUUUGCUGUCUCGGCACAGAGAGCUGUUGAAAAUGCCAGGAGCAUGAACUCGGCGCACUCAGAAGUACAUUUUGCCCGACAAAAGAGCCAUUCCUCGAAGCGACGUCCCAACCCGGAACAACGCGACGUGUGUGGAAGGUGUGGAGAAUCGCAUGCUGAGGACGAAUGCAAACACCUUCGCGCGGUGUGCCACCGGUGUGGAAAACGAGGACAUCUACGUCGGAUGUGCCUGUCUAGCACAAAUGGUGACCGUCGGCAGGGAUCUUAUCCAGCAAGACAACGGCGCCAGGGUUCGUACGCCAUGGCAGCCGGAGAGGACACAAGUUCGGACGACAACGACGCCUUGCACACGAUUACAGCGGUUCUCCAUCACGCAGCCAGUAUCCGCAAGGUUAGGCCUAUUUACAAGGACAUCAGUUGGAAUAACGUUCCGCUCACUAUGUUGGUGGACACGGGGUCACCUGUAAGCGUCAUUUCCGUAACGGUGUUCCGCAAGUACAAGCGGCUCUGGCCUCCGUUGGAGAGUUCACAGCUCAAGCUCUCUUGUCUCUUGGGAGAACUUCCAGUUGUCGGCCAGCUUAGCAUGACCGCUAGGUGCGACGGGAAAGAUAUUCCUGGUACUGUCAUAGUGGUCGACCGCUCCGGACCAUCUUUGUGCGGCAGAGACACCAUCAAGGCUUUUAAUGAAGUUGGAGUGGCAAUGUUGUCGAAUGUGGUAGCGAAUCUGCAACUGGCUGGAAUACAGGCUGCCAGCACAGGUCUGCAACAGCUGCUUGACGAAUAUGCCGACGUGUUUGCUCCGGGACUCGGCCUGUGCAAAGGACCACCGGUCACAUUUCAAUUGAAAGAAAACGCGUGUCCACGGUUCUUUAAGGCCCGUACUGUGCCCUAUGCUCUCAGAGAUAAGGUGUCUGAGUCAUUGGAUCAGCUGGUCGCGGAAGGCGUUUUGACGCCGGUAAAAACCGCUGAAUGGGCAACCCCUGUGGUACCCGUUUUGAAAGGCGAUGGGUCCCUCCGACUGUGUGGAGACUUCCGUAUGACUGUGAAUGCGGCCACUGUGGUAGAACAAUACCCGUUGCCUCGAGUGGACGACAUUUUUGCUAGGUUAAACGGUGGCGAGGUAUUCACGACCUUGGAUUUGCGUCAAGCCUACAACCAGUUGCCAUUGGAUGAGGAAGCAAGGAAGAUAACAGUCCUCAACACCCAGAAGGGUCUCUUUUGUUUUAACAGAUUACCGUUUGGCGUAAGUUCUGCUCCAGCCAUAUUCCAAAGGCGAAUGGACGGACUGCUGGGGGAUAUUCCUGGAGUGCAGGUGUACCUGGAUGACAUUAUCAUCGCCGAGAAAAAACAUGAUUCCUCUAGGCUCAAAGCCGUGCUGCAGCGGCUGCGGGAGCAUGGUCUCCGACUGAACAAGGGAAAGUGCAAGUUUCGGCAAGACGAAGUCACAUUUCUCGGUCAUCGUAUCGACGCGAAGGGUCUGCGACCGAAGGACGACAAUAUCAAAGCCGUUGUUGAAGUCCCAAAGCCCACCUCGGUGAGUGAGCUGAAAGCUUUUCUCGGUCUCAUAAAUUACUAUGGGAAGUUCCUGCCCAAUCUGGCCACCAUGCUAGCUCCGCUACAUGCUCUCUUAUCCAAAGGAGUCAAGUGGCAAUGGAGCCAGGAACAGGAGAAAGCAUUUCAGCAAGUUAAGCAGGCAAUUGUGGCUUCCAAGUUUUUGGCUCACUUCGACCCGGAUAAGCCACUGCGGCUGGAGUGUGAUGCAUCACCAGUAGGCAUUGGGGCCGUUUUGUCGCACCGCGUGAAUGGUGUUGAUUACCCCAUCGGAUUCCGGUCCAGGACGCUUACCAAGAGCGAGCGCAAUUACUCGCAGCUAGAAAAGGAAGCUUUGGCACUGGUAUUCGGCGUCGCCCGGUUUAAAGACUACCUGUACGGACAUCAGUUCGUCUUAGUAACAGACCACAAGCCUCUUACUGGUUUAUUCAAUCCAGGUAAAGCCAUACCACCGAUGGCGGCCGCAAGAAUACAGCGUUGGGCCUUGUUUCUUGGCAACUACAACUACACAUUGCAGUACCGGAAGGGCAGCGACCAUUCCAAUGCUGAUGCCCUCAGUCGGUUGCCCUUGCCAGUAAUGGAGGAGCCGCGGGACUGUGCUGCCGACGAGUACGUUUUGUAUGCCCACUCUCUUGAGGAAACAGCGCUUUGCGCCCGCGAGGUUGAACAUCUGACUAAUCGAGACACCAGCCUUCUGCAGGUUAAAAAAUGGAUUUCCCAGGGAUGGCCGGCAUAUCUUCCGCAGGGCCAUGAGCAUCUCCGGCCGUACUUCAACAGAAGGACAGAGCUUACAGUCAGCCAUAAUUUGGUGUACUGGGGACAUCGCAUUGUUCUACCCCUGGCGGCGGCAAGGCGUGUGUUGCGUCUUUUGCACGAGACACACCCCGGCAUGACAGCCAUGAAAACCACAGCGAGAACGUUGUUUUGGUAUCCGGGACUGGAUUCCGACAUAGAGCGACUGGUGAACUCAUGUUCCACAUGUGCGCAGGCUUCAGCGAUGCCACCAGCACAGAUACCUUUGGCCUGGCCAGCCACCGGGGAAAUGUGGAGCCGGCUGCACGCAGAUUUUGCAGGCCCGUUGGACGGACAAAUGGUCUUAGUCGUCGUCGACUCGGAAACGAAAUGGAUGGAAGCCAUUCCAAUGAAAACUGCGACUUCGCAAACCACGGCGCCGGCUCCACCUUUCCCCGGUGGCUGGCCAGGCCAAAGGUAUCUGUGCUGGUGGCAUCGCUGA